AUGGAAAAGAUUAGGCAAGUAGACUUUAUGAUGCUUUGUGGGCUUAUAGGACUGCAUAUAAAACACCUUUAGGUAUGUCCCCAUAUAAAGUUGUGUAUGGGAAAGCUUGCCAUCUUCUUGUGGAAAUUAAGCAUAAAGCAUAUUGUCUUAUUAAGAAACUUAAUCUCUCUUUAGAUGAUGCAGGGAAGAGUCAACUUUUGCAGCUCCAUGAACUCCAAAAACUGAGGAAUGAGGCCUAUGAGAAUUCACUCAUAUACAAGUCAAGGAUGCAGCACUUUCAUGACAAAGUCUUGAAAAGAAGAAACCUGUAUGAAAAUUAGAAAGUGUGGCUGUAUAACUCACAUUUGAAAUUAUUUCUAGGGAAGUUGAAGUCAAGAUGGGAUGGACCUUAUAUUAUUAAUGAACUUUUUGAUUUUGGCGUAGUUCUCAUCAUGGAUCCAAAGACAGGGAAAUCUUUUACUGUGAAUAGUCAAAGGUUGAAGCAGUAUGUAGGAGCUGAUCAGAUGCUUGAGCCUCAAGUCACCAUGCUUGAGGACCUGCUAGAUCCCUCCUUGCAUCCAGCCCCUUCCACAUCCACCUUAGUGACAAACUUUGAGAAGCUUUCUUUUUAUUAG